GAGCCCCGGGAGCGCGCAGCAGCGGCGGCGGCGGCGCAGUGCGCAGCGGAGCGGGCGGUCCGUCGGGCUGUCCGUCGGUCGGUCCGUCGGGCUGUCGGUCCGUCCGCCGGUCGCAAUGUGACCCCGGGUGCCACCAUGGCCCUGGCGCCGGCUGGAGGGGCCCGGCAGCACCCCGCAGCUCGGGGGGCGCGCGGGGAGGAGGAGGCGGACGAGGCCCCCCCGGCACCGCUCGCCGCCCGCUGCAGAUGAACGCCCUGGGCCAGGUGCUCGCAGGACGCCAGCGAUCGCUCUGCGCUGAGGCCGGCCGGGAGACAUGAGCGGCAGCACGAGCCAGCGCGCCGCCGUCUUCGUGGUCCUCUUUGCCCUGCUCAUGCUGCUGAUCAUCUACAGCUCCAGCAACGGGACCGAGGUCUUCCCCUACGGCGCCCUGCGGGGCCGAGCCCGCCGGCCCCCCGACCUGCGGCGAUGGGGGGUGAGCAGUGGGUACCUGCCCGUCUCCGGGAACAAGAGCCUGACUUCCCACUGCCACCAGUGCGUCAUCGUCACCAGCUCCAGCCACCUCCUGGGCACCCGCCUGGGCGCUGAGAUCGACCAGGCCGAGUGCGCCAUCCGCAUGAACGACGCCCCCACCACCGGCUACGAGGCGGACGUGGGCAACAAGACCACGUUCCGUGUGGUGGCCCACUCCAGCGUCUACCGCGUGCUCAAGCGGCCCCAGGAGUUUGUCAACAAGACCCCGGAGACCAUCUUCAUCUUCUGGGGGCCUCCCGCCAAGAUGCAGAAGAGCCUGCUGAAGAUCAUCCAGCGCGUCAGCGCGUCCUUCCCCAACAUGACGGCCUAUGUCGUGUCCCCCGGUCGCAUGAAGCAGUUCGAUGAGCUGUUCCGGGGGGAGACGGGGAAGGACAGGUACCUCGGAGCCACCGCCGGCACAUUGUCCCCUCUGUCGGUGGCCAGCAGGUCCCCAAGCAGGGCCAGCUCCCGGGGCUGCUCCAUGGGGUUGGCUGCGGUGUCGGACUGGGGGGCUCGGGAGGGUUUGGGGGGGGGUCACCAUCUCUUCAUCGUGCCCCGUUUCUCCCCCGUGCCGUGCCCCAGGGAGAAGUCACGCUCGUGGCUCAGCACGGGCUGGUUCACCAUGGUGAUCGCGGUGGAGCUGUGCGACACCGUCCACGUCUACGGCAUGGUGCCCCCCAACUACUGCAGCCGGCGGCCGCAGCCCCGCCGCAUGGCCUACCACUACUACGAGCCCAAGGGCCCCGACGAGUGCACCACCUACAUCCACAACGAGCGCAGCCGCCGGGGCAACCACCACCGCUUCAUCACGGAGAAGCGCGUCUUCGCCAGCUGGGCCGGCCUCUACAACAUCACCUUCUCCCACCCCGCCUGGCCCUAGGGCGGCCGUGCCGAGCGGGGACCCUUGGGAACAGGGACGAGGUCUCCUUGGGAUGGGGUCUCUUUGGGACGGGAUCCCCUUGGGACAGGGUCUGGGCCACGCCGUGCACCCCGGGGCUGAUGGAGCCAUCGGGGACCGCCUGCCACCGCUGUGCCCAUGGGCUCUGCGUGCCCGUGGUGUGAAGGGUUUUGGGGUGGCGUGUCCCCUCCCAUGGGACAGCAGGCAGGGGAGCCGUGGGGGCAUCGCACGGGGGUUAAAUCCUGCACAGACCCAGCUCCAAACCUCCCCGGCUGCCUCGCAGCCCACCACCCUGCGAGCACACCCGGGGGCGCUCCGGGUGCACCGUACGGGUCACAUUGCUUUCACGGCAAAAUUUUGGGACCCCCCCUGUUCUGCUCCCCUCUGCCAUCCCCUGCACUGCCAGCCCCAGCACCCCAGCACAAAUCCUGACGUUUUCAGUGGCAUCGCCCCCAUAGGGGGGUCCCUGCCCUGCCACCCAGGUAAGGAUCUACCCACGGGGUGCCCACCCCAAAAACCCCUGGCCCCGUGCUUGCUGCGGGGAGGCUGGGGCCACACUGCCAAAACCUUUUCUAUCGGCACCAUGGGAAUUUGGGGGCUUUGUUUUUUGCUUUUUUCUCCCCCCCCCCCCCGUCCUGGUCCCAGUGUCUGUACUCGUUUUCCCUCCCUGAGGCUGACCAGCGGGGCCGCGGGAGCCGUCCAUCGUUUAUUCACCGCUCAUGAACUAUUCAGGAGCUGGUGCAUGGUGGCUGGGGGGGGGGCAGCAGGCUGGGGGGGGGGCUGUUAUUUAUCUCCUGGCGGUGGAAAAUUGGGGGAAAAUCUCUCAAUCUGGUGUGUUUGGGUGCUGAGCCCCAGCAGAGCGCGGCGCUGUGCCUCAGUUUCCCUGGGGCCGUGGCAGCGGGGGGGGGGGGCCGCGCACCCCCUGUGCUGUCGGGGUUACACCCGGGGGGGGGGGGAGCUCAGCCCCUCGGGGGGGUCACCCCCGCGUUUUGUAGUGAUUUGUACAGAAUAAACCUUGCUGCAGUCUGUU